ACAAAGCACCUCGAGAUGUCCUUGACACCCUCGGAGCCCCUCUGCGGCCUGAGCCACCCCAACAAGGUCCCUGAGGUGGGAUCCUGCAUGGCAGACAGCAAACUUCUGUCUCUCCUCUCGCAGGGAAUUGUGGUGGACGUGCCCUUCGCGUCCUUCUUCCUGAGCCAGCUGCUCGGGCACCACCACAGUAUCUUCUACAGCUCUGUGGACGAGCUUCCUUCGCUGGACUCAGAGUUCUAUAAAAACCUCACUUCCAUUAAGCGCUACGACGGGGACAUCUCUGACCUGGGCCUGACUCUGUCCUACGACGAGGACGUCAUGGGUCAGCUUGUUUGCCAUGAACUGAUUCCUGGAGGGAAGACCAUUCCUGUUACGAAUGAAAAUAAGAUUAGCUACAUCCAUUUGAUGGCACAUUUUCGGAUGCACACCCAAAUAAAAAACCAGACAGCUGCCCUCAUUAGCGGAUUCCGCUCCAUUAUCAAGCCCGAGUGGACCCGGAUGUUCUCAACCCCUGAGCUACAGCGUCUCAUCUCCGGUGACAAUGCUGAGAUUGAUCUGGAAGAUUUAAAGAAGCACACGGUGUACUACGGUGGCUUUCAUGGAAGUCACAGGGUCAUCAUCUGGCUCUGGGAUAUUCUGGCCUCUGACUUCACACCCGAUGAGAGAGCCAUGUUUCUGAAGUUUGUGACCAGCUGCUCCAGGCCCCCGCUCCUGGGAUUCGCCUACCUCAAGCCUCCCUUCUCCAUCCGCUGUGUCGAAGUGUCAGAUGAUCAGGACACCGGGGACACCCUGGGCAGCGUGCUCCGGGGCUUCUUCACCAUCCGCAAGCGGGAGCCGGGCGGCCGUCUGCCCACCUCCUCCACCUGCUUCAACCUGCUCAAGCUGCCUAACUACAGCAAGAAGAGCGUCCUCCGGGAGAAGCUGCGCUACGCCGUCAGCAUGAACACGGGCUUCGAGCUCUCCUAGUUCCCCGCUCCCGCCACCUGCCCUGGCCGACUCCUGGGCUGCCAGGGGCCUUCAGCUCCAGGGGGCGGGGUCACCCUGGGAGUGGAUGACCAACAAGCCAGGUGACCUCUCACUCUUUAUAGCCAUGAGACUCCCCUGUGGCCUCAACUACUUGGGACGCACAUGACGACUCCGUAGCAUUCUCCAGGUGACACUGAUGGGAAGGGUGUUGAGAAUAAACCUCCAGGUUCCGCCCGCGCUGAUCCUUUUCUCCUACUUUCCGGGGUCUGAAGCCCAGGCCUGUGAUCACAGAGGGCCUUCUCCUUUUGAUAGUUUGGUUUUUUGGUGAGUCUUUUUUUUCCUUAACCUUGUGAGUGAGCUGUGCAUGAACAAGUCCCAGGAACUCCAAGGGUCCAGAGCGGUUUUCACGAUAUGGUCCCGAGUGCACAAAGCCUACUACGGGUGAGACGCUCUCCUUCUGUUUCUGAAAACUCUCUUCUCAGGUAAGGCCUUGCCAAGCCUCUAUGCACUCGACAAAGUCUCUGCCUCCGUCCCGUCCACACGCGGCCUCUCUGCAGACAGUCAGGCCCACCUGCUCCCCAGGGAAGCAGAGGUGCCUGCCAGGAAGGCUGCGGAGCCCAGGACAUUCGGGCACUGCCCCCACCUUGAAACCACGCAUUCCAUGCGGCGGCCGUGCCCCACCCCCAGGCUCGCCUCAGAUGCUCUGAGUCCUCAGGCCAAGCUGCCAGGAGGCCCCCACAGGCUUGAUCCUGUCUCGUGCGUUCACAUUGGCAUCCUGGCUUGGGGAGAAAAAAUACCUGUUGGCCCUUAAGAGCAGCUCCGUUUCCAGAGGGCGCUGGCUGUUCCCCAAGGCCUGCUGAUUAGGGGGUAGCUGCCUUCCCUCUGCUUGUUUGCCCUGCUUUUGUCUAGUAAGGAACAAACACUAGCCGAGUUUCCCAGCCUGUUGGGGCGGUGGCCUCCCCCCAUUGAUGGUAAAAUCCCAAGAAACUUGGGUCUUGCCGCUCAUUUUUCCUCAGCACGGGGAACCGGGAGCCCUUCGCACUGAUGGACGCUCAGAGGGCUGAGAGAACUCUGGGUUGGGUUUUUUGGUUUUUGGUUUUUUUACUUCGUUUUCUCUUCCAACCCAUUGUGCUCCUCUGCCCUCAUUCUUGCCCCUUAUCAUGAGAACUUUAUUCUAGAUCCAGGGAAUUGAGACAAAGGCCAUGUCCAUGGUCUGUGUUGACAGCCAUCCACCCUCGCCCCCCUCGUCAAGCUCCUUAUGCAUCCCCACCACCAAGAUUGAAGCCAGGAGUGCCUGGUCCCUCCUCUGCUCUGUGGAGCUCGCUGGGGGCUUGCAGCUUUCUACCAAGCAGCAAAGCACCUUCUGGCAAAAACCUUCAUGUUGGCGGCAAAGCGGGCAAGAUCUAUCUCCAUGGCCCCCCUCAAAGGGUUGCGGCUGGGUGCCAUGUCCUGCCCGGGCCCAAGCCUGGCUCCCUUAGAGCCCCUGGGCUUCUGGAAAAUAGAGUUUGUGUUUUACUUUGAUGGAAAGAUGGCAAGGAAUUUAAAGGCAGGAAUUUGUUGUUAUUAUUAUUUAAGAUUUGUUAGUAACCUCUGAUUCUGUGGAUUUGCCACUUUAAAUACUCGACUCCUUUGAAGACCUCCUCAGAACGCGCGUGUACGCGGAGUAGGUUUGUACGUUUAUGCUGGGGCCCAAAGGACGAUCAGCCUGCACAGAGACGUUUGAUUCCAUCUUGACUUGGAUUACCCAAGAAUCCGCCAGCGGGGGGCUGGGGAGAGAGUGGUUUCUGAGCACCGACACCAACUUUAUCUGUUCUUUUGACGAGGAGGGGUGGUUUGUAAUUUCAUUUAAAUUGUUCUCUUCAACAGCUGGAGAUACCACACUGUCAAAAACACUGCAUCUGUACUUUUAUGGCUCGUGUUCAUUGACACCUCGAUGGCUCUUGAUGGCUCUAAAAAGUUGGGGGGGGGGUUGGUUUCAUAGAUAACCUAGGGAUUAAAACGUGAUCAGAGGCUUUAUUAAAUUUAUACUUCAGCACAUGA